UCAAAUCCUUUUCUUUGGAGCUACCCAGAACACACCUACCCUCUCUUCCAUAUGACAGCCCUUCAGAGACUCGAAGACAGUGUGUGACUCUCCUGUGAGCUAAGAGCACUGGCUGAGUCAGACAGACUCGAGUGACAAGCCCAGCCUCACUCCCUCUCAGCUGGAAGAGCCAAGAUUUCAUUGAUUUGUGAGCUUCAUCAGGGCCCCUGAUGUCAACACAUUAAAGUCUCCAUCCACCCUGCCCUGUAGCCAUGGCAGAUAUGUCAAUACCAUUACAUUCACUACGAUUCAACAAUAUGACAAGGGAAGAAAACGGUGACCCCCAAAACCGGGGGACAACUUUUUCUAGACCAAUGACAGAGACCAGAGCGGAGCUUCAAAUCCUGCAUUCUCAGUUGCAGUUGCCUAUAGUCUCAUCUUCAGCCUCAGAUCCUGAAGGGACAUCUACACAGCUGAUGACAUCCCCAGUCUUUGACAGCCUGUCCACACCUCUCAUGGGAGCAACACACUCUGGGACAUUGUCCCCACCGCUGUUGUCAGCCUCAGACUCUGGGACACUGUCUCCACUGCUAAUGCCAACCUCAGAUUCGGGAACUCUGUCCCCACUUCUAAUGCCAGUCUCAGACUCUGGAGCACUGUCCCCACUGCUAAUGCCAGCUUCAGAUUCUGGAACAUUGUCUCCAUUGUUGUCUUCAUCAGACUAUGGGUUAAUGUCCCCAGGAAUGAUGACAAUUCCUGACUUUGGGACGAUGUCCACAACACUAAUGGCAGCACCAGAUUCUGCAGAGAUAUCACCAUUGGCGAUGCCGGUUGCAGCCUCUGGAGUGAUAUCUGCACCUAUAAUGAGCACGUCAUCCUCUGGGGCAUCAUUAAUGCUAGGAUCAGAUCCUGGUGAGAUAUCUCCACUCCUCCUUCCAGAUAUGAACCCUGGAAUGGCUUCCACAUCACCAAUGACAGCUCCAGGCUCUGAAGCAAUGUCCCCAUUGCAAAUUACAGAUGAAGACACAGAAGCAAUGUCCAAGGUGCUAAUGACUGCUCUAGCUUCUGGAGAGAUAUCAUCACUGCUAAUGUCAGGCACAGACUCUGAAGUGAUAUCCUCUCUGAUAAUGUCAGCCCUAGCUUCUGGAGAAACGUCAACCCAGGCAACAAUCCCUGAAAACUGUGAAGGAAUACCCACUGUACUCACGACAGGCUCAGACUCUGCGGUCAUGUCUUCACUGCCUAUGCCAGCAUCAGGCUCAGCGGCAAUGUCUACAUCACUGCUGUCAAUCCCAGAUCCUGAAGAAAUGUGCACAUUACCCAAGCUGGCCCCUGAUGCUGAGGCAAUGUCCCCACUGUUAAUGACAGCCCUCACCCCCACAGUGAUUCCCACUCAAUUGAUGUCAGCAUCUGAUUCUGGAGUGAUAUCCCCAGAUAUCACUCAAAAUAUCAACUCUGAGAUCAUGUCUGCUUCACCAAUGAGAGUCCCAGCCACUGGACUGUUGUCCACAGUACCAGUGAGAGCCUCUGAUACAGGGGCAAUGCCCAUACAGCUAAUGAGAGCUCCUGCCUCAGGAACUAUGUCUAUGUCACAAAAGACAGUUCCAGUCUCUGGAUCAAUGUCCACUUCAGUGAUGUCUGCAACAAGCCCUGGAGCAGUGUUCACAGAACAAAUGUCAACCACCGCCUCUGGUUCGAUGUCCACACAUUUAACAAUGGCCAAAACACCCGGAUCAGUGCCCAUAGGCUUUACGAAGGCCACAGCAAAUGGAGCAGUUUCUUUACAGCGAAUGAGAGGUUCAGCUUCAGGAGUGAUGUCCACGCAGCCAGUUAUAGCCUCAGCCUCUGAAAUAAUGUCUGUGUCACAGUCAACAGUCCCAACCUCUGGGUCAGUAUCCGCACAGAAAAUCCGAGCUCCUGUCUCUGGACCAAUGUCUACAUCACAAAUCCGAACCACAGCCACAGGGUUGACAUCUAUACCACAAAUGAGAGCCACAGCCUCUGGAGCAAUGUCUACUCCACUAAUGACAGCCAAAACCUCUGGAUCAGCAUCCACACUUUUAAUGAGAGACACAGGCUCAGGAGUUAUACACAUACCCCAGAUGAGAGCUCCAGGCUCUGAAGCAUUGUCCAAGCCACUAACAACACCCAAAGUUUCUGGAAUGUUCAUGCAGCAAAUGACAACUGCAGCUUCUGGAACAAUGCCCACAUCAGUAAUGAGAGACACAGCUUCUGGAGUUGUGUCCGUACCACAGAUGACAGAUCUAGCUUCAGGAGGCAUGUCCACACUGCUAUUGAGUGCCACAGCUUCUGGAGCAAUGUCUAUAUCACAGAUGACAGCCACCACAUCUGGAGGCAUGACCGUACCUCUAACAAGAGUCCCAGGUCCUGGAGCAACAUCCACAUCACUAACAAGAGGCACAGUCUUGGAGAAGAUGCCUAGCCAGCCAAUAAAUACUCAAGACUCUGGAGGGGAGUCCACACCACUCAUGAGAUCUGUUGCCUUGGGAGGGAUGCAGAUGAGAUCUCAGGGCUCUGGACCAAUGUCGGCACCCCUACCAAGAGCCUCAGACUCAUCAGAGAUGUCCGCAGUCCUCACAAAAAAACCAUCAUCUGGAGAGCAGUCUCUGCUACUAAAGAGACCUCCAGCUUCUGGAGAGAUAGCUCUACCUGCAAGAGCUCCAGUUUAUGGGAUGAUAUCUGCUCCACACAUGACAGCCACAACCUCAGGAAUGAUGCCACCUCUGAAGGGUUCGGUCCCUGCAUCAGAGUCCACAGCACUCCUGAGACCCACAGAUUUUGGAGUGAUGUCCAUACCACCGAUGAGGACCCCAGCUGCUAGAGCAAAGUCCAUACCACAAAUGAUGGCUACAGCUUGUGGAGACAUGUGUCCCCUCCCAGGGCGACCUCCAGUGACCGCAGGGGUUGCUCCCCAACCAGCCAGAGCACCAGUCUCUUCAACCAUGUCUGCACCACUUAGGAGACCCUCUGAUGGAGGUGUGGCCACGGAAUUAGAGAGGGCUCUAUGCCCUGGAAUUAUGCCCACUGCACAACUGGCAGCUAUGAGCUCUGGAGAAAUGUCUAAGCCACUAAUGAGGCCUUCAGCCUCCGGAACCAUGCCAAUGCCUCUAAUGUCACCCAUGACUUCCGGAGAGAUGUCGAUGCCACUGAUGAAAACCAUGCCUUCUGGGACAAUGUCAACUCUACAAACCAAAGUCGCGAGCUCGAGAGCUACGUCCUUGUCACAGCCAACAAAUACAGCUUCUGGGGGGAUAGCUAAUCCUCCACAGAGAGCCCCAGCCCAUGGAGCAGUAUCUACACCACUUAUGAGAGCCUCGGUUUCAGGAAUGAUGUCCGUGCCGCUACUGAGGGCUACGGCCUCAGGAGGGAUAGCCAUGCCACAAGUGACGGCUCCAACCUCGGGAGAAAAGUUCACACCACUAAUGAGGAUGCUGGCCCCUGGAACAAUGUCUACACCACAAACUGCCUUUGGAACGACACCCACUCUGAAUAUCAAAGCCACAGACUUGGGAGAGGAAUCGACCUCUCACAUCAGAAUCACAGCCCCUGGAUCAAAGAGCACACCACACAGGCCUGGCAUAACCCCUGAAAUGAAGAACCCGCCACCAAAGGAAGUGCCAUCCUUUGGUAUGUUGACGCCAGCACUCUGUUACCUCUUAGAAGAGCAAGAAGCAGCCCGGGCCUCAUCCUCUGUGGAGGAAGAUGCAGAGGAGAUUGAUGACGAGAAACAAAUGAAGGGGUUUUUGGAUGACUCUGAGAAAAUGGCGUUUCUGGUGUCUCUUCAUCUGGGGGCAGCAGAGAGAUGGUCCAUCUUGCAGAUGGAAGUCGGAAACCCCCUCUCCAGUGAAAAUAAAUCUUUCUUGAGAAGAUCACAGGGCCUAUAUGACUCCCUGUCUGAGAUAGACAUCUUAAGUGCUGUUCUUUGCCAUCCCAAGCAGGGCCAGAAGUCAGUCAGGCAGUAUGCCACUGACUUCCUGCUGCUGGCCCGACAUUUGUCUUGGUCUGAUUCCAUUCUACGGACCAGGUUUUUGGAAGGACUCUCAGAAGCCGUUACCACCAAAAUGGGCCGUAUUUUCCUGAAGAUGGCCGGCAGCCUAAAGGAGCUGAUAGAUAGGUCUCUGUACACUGAGUGCCAGCUGGCUGAAGAGAAGGAUUCCUCAGGCAACUCGAGCCAAGUUGUGCCAACAUCCUGUAAGCGGAACAAUGAGGAGGCCAUGGAGAAUGACCUGGGCUCUCAGCAGCAGACAGAGGAGCACCAACAUGUUCCCAAACGCUGUUACUACUUGAAAGAACAUGGAGAUCCCCAACAAAGUCUUCAUGAUCACCUUCGACAGAGUGCAGGCCAACCGAAGGCCCCCACCAACAAGUAGUACUCCUUGGAAUCUUAUGUGAUUUCUGACUUGGCUGCUAACUUGAAGACUGGUUCCUGGACCCAUUCCAUCCAGCUAUAUAAUAAACCUUGCUGCCUUCACCCUUCAGCCUUCCCCUCCAGGCACAUCCCACUUUAUCUCCUUUUUGGUUGCCUUGACCUUUUCUUUCACCUACAUGCCUGUGACCUGACCUGACAAUCAGUGUAGACUAUAAGAGUGUAUAGUGUAUGAGUUUCUGAACUAGCAUC